UCUCGAUUAUUGAAGCCAAUUGAACUUAUAUACAUCUUUGGAUAUAGUAUUCAAGCUUUUCCUGUUGCUCAAAAAAACUUACGAUUACACAUAUUGCCGAACAGAACGAUUGUCCACAGAUGACGUAUUACCAUCAUGUGUACUUUAUAACUACAUAACAUACAAGUAACUAAUAAAAUCCAGAUAAAGGAACCAUAAAUAUCAUAAUUCUACGCAGUGUACUCCAAUAUAUUCUUAGUGCUUCUCCAUAGUGUACUAACUGAACUGCAGUCACGUGCGGUCCUCCCUUUAGCCGUAAUGGCAGCUGUAUAGCAUAAUGACAGCUCAUACAAUAAUACACCACAGUGUUCAGAUUUAUAGCUUUACAGGCUUUAUAGGAGAUACUCAAAUUUCAACAGUGCGCAGUCAUAUCAGCUCUGUAUCUUUGUGCCUUUUGAAAUUCGCGCCAUCACUCCAUCGCACCCAGCUGACACAGACGACAACAUUUCCUUUUCGUUGCUUCUAACUCACAUCAUAAUUGUUCAAUUUGCCCUCUCGUGUCUGCGGCCGCUGCCGAUGUCGUCACUCUUUAAAUACUGUGUUAAUGCUGGCCGCCUACCUGUAGCGAAUCAUCUGUGUGUAAAGAGCAAGCGCUCUAUUUUUGUUUGAUGAUAGUGUAGUAGCUACUGCUGGAGCACACGAAACCGCCUCUCAGAGAAAAGACCAUCAUAACAGUAACAACAGCAAUAAUAACAACAACAAUAAUACCGUGGUGUUACCCUAUCAGCAGUUCAGCUCAACACAUUCAGUCGGUGGCAUAGCGAGGUGAGUCAGCUACGGCGCGACCUAGUUGAUUUUGUAUUGCGUGGAGGUGAUUACCUCUGGAACGAAGACGUCUGCCAACAGAGAAAGCACCGACGAAGGCGCAGCUUCCCUCGUGCGACAUUAGGAUACAAAUUGAAGAUCAGCCUUCUUUGGAUUCAUAUAGAAUCCCAACUGCCUUCUCUAUCCGAAUCGCUGGUAGAAGAAAGCCAGCAAAACAGCGGUUACCGGCGUGACCUUUUACCUUCCGUGAUUUGCGCGUAUACAGAAAACCUUUUUUUUUUUUUUUUUUUUUUUUAAAUAUAUUGCCUUAUUGCGCGGCGCUUGCGAAUAACGGCGUGUCGUAGAGUUAAUUGUUCUGGUAGCGAUAGAAGAAGAGUGCACGUCGAUUCUCAAAUCACUAUGCUGUACUUUUGGUUCGUGACACUUUGCGGUCUGUUCUACGCAUUUGUGCCCUCUUUGUCACAAUGGGUUGUGCAGAAGCUCUUUCACGAAAGCGAUCAAGAGAAAGAGCUGAAAAAGCAACUUCGCGAAUUAGUCAAAGAGCGAUCGACAGUGAACGCCGUUGACGCCUUUGCUCGAUAUGCAAAGUUAAACCGACGCAUUGACAAGAUACGGGAACAGCUUGGUGAAAUUAAUAUGAGCAACAGUAACUACAUUUACAAAGUACGAUUGACAGCAACGGCUAUCCUGUACGGAUUUAUCUCGUGUAUAAACUUUUACCUCAUCUGGUUUUACAGGAGUGUGCCCCUACUCAAGGUCCCGCUUUCGUGGCUGGACCCUUUUGGUAAAUUAGCGAUACAAAGCGAUGCCGGCUUAGGCCUUAUUCCUUGGUUAGUCAUCUCCGCCUCAGUUGGACGCCUCGUUAUCAGCUAUUUUACCGCAGCAACACCAAUUGCAAUGAAGACCACAGGCGCAAAUACCGAUGAUUCGUUUCACAUUCAUAAAGGGAAUGGUCCUAGCAGCUCGACAGGAUAUAAAGCAGCUAUUUCGUCAUAAUGUACGCGCUACAGUUUGAAUGAGUUUAUCGCCUGAAAGGAACUCAUGCAACAAAGUAAUUUCAGUCAUCGUCAUACAUCAAGCAGUGCACCUCAAAGAAGAAAAUCUGAGGGAAUUUGUCUGUCCACGCCAGCUGGAACGAGACAAUAGGCCCACGCAUAAUUGUUUAUCAGUGCUAUAAGCUUGAAGCGAUAUGAUCUCUGUCUACAUCAAACAUAAUAUAGGUAUAAAUAUACUUUCAUAAAAAAUAGACGAAUAGACGAAUAAAAACUGAUAGAGGUAUUACGUAGAAGCCAGUUAGUUGAAUCGAUGUUUAAGUAGCAGCUUGGUGACUGUGGUGUGUGCAGUGUGGCCAAAAAAGCACUAAUAGACAGAAAAUGAACUGCACAUUUAAUGCCUAAAGCUGACCCGAUACUCUUUUGUCUUGACAAAACCACACCCAUACAGAUUAGGCGUUUCUCAAGUAGAGAGAGAGAAAAGGGCACAAAGCCUAUACUAAUGCUCAAAGACUAUCACUAUGCGAUAUCCGCGCGAUCGAAGUCAACUCGCUAGCGUACAAAACUGUUUUUGACUGCGAGCAUAAAAACGAAAAUGUCGAUGUGGUGUUUAUAGCCAAUGACUUCGGUUGUCGUAUGCAUAAAUACUGUCGUAUCAUGUAAAAUACUUUUGUACACUGGUAGUUGAACCGAACAUUUGACGUGAGUGUCUAUUUAGCUCAAGAGCAACUUCCCCUACCUGCCCUUUCCUGUGGCAGGAGGUGGUGGAUGCUGUUAUAAACCUACAUAUGUGAAAGGUGACAUACUACUAUAGUAUGCACCAAGCAGUUUAUACGUGAGGAUAUAUUUAAAAAUCUAUAGAUAAUAUACAUAAUUUCUUGCAACAUACACACAAUAUACAAAUGUAGGCACACCGGCAUACAUUAAUGUACCAUGAUUAUUAUUAUUGCUUUUACUAUUAUCAUGCCAUUUGUAGAUAUUGCAGCGGGCAGACAACAAUGACGCAAAUGGCGCUGUAGAAAAACCCAAUAUACGGGGAAAAAACGUUACUGUAGUAAAAAACAUAAUGGUAAUUAAUGGGAUCAGAGAAAAUACGAAAUGCGUCAAAGUCGCGUGAAACAAUAUGUCGCCCGCGGCUACGAUUGUUAGGGAUAAGACACGUGCUAAGAUGCCCAAAUAACUACGUAAACUGCGCCGCUACAUACGACAGGCAAAUAAGUGAGUGAAACACCAACAUAUAUGCUAAAAGAAGACUAUUUCUACCGGAAAGGCACAGAAAUUCAAUAAAGACAAAUUGCUAUAUGAUUA